AUGCAAGCCACCAUGCAUUCCUUAUUACCCCUCCUGUUCGCCCUGCUCGCCGCCGCCUCGGCCUCUUCCUUUGACUGCCUGCCGGGUGAGCCGUGCUGGCCCUCCCUGUCACAAUGGGCCUCUUUCAAUUCCACUCUGGACGGGCGCUUGAGACUCACCGAGCCGUGGGCCAGUCCGUGCUACGACAAUUCCGACUCUGCUCUAUGUGCCAUGGCCAAGGAUAAGUCCCACGACGACAUUGCAAGGGCCGCCAUAUACGGCGCUACCCAGAACCUCCAGUGGCAGGAGUGUGGCGCCCAGAAGUGCAUGCUGAAGGCCGCCGACCAGGCACAGUGCUCUCUCGGCGCCUUGUCCGCUUACUACGUCAACGCCACAACCGCCCAAGAUGUUGUACAGACCAUCAACUUUGUCAACCGGACCGGUGUCCGCAUGUCAAUCAAGAACUCUGGCCAUGACUACUUUGGCCGUAGUGUCGCCGCCAACUCCCUGGCCCUGUGGACCCGCAACAUCCAGAACUACGAAUUCCAUGAGAAGUUCAUUCCUGAAGGUUGCUCCAAGACUUACGAAAACAUCGGCGUCAUCGGUGCCGGUGUGAGCGCAGGCGAGGCAGCUCAAUACUUCAAGGGAAAGGGCAUGGACAUCACCCUGGGUGCCCUUGCAAGUGUCGGGGCCGCCGGUGGUUUCGGCCAAGGUGCUGGCCAUGGUCCUCUGGGCCCCAAGCACGGCUUGAUGGUCGAUCAGGCCGUUGAGUUUGACGUCGUCACUGCCGAUGGCGUCUUCCGCACCAUCAACGCGUGUCAGGAGCCGGACCUCUUCUGGGCUCUUCGCGGCGGCGGCGGCGGCACUUACGCCGUCAUGAUCAACUACAAGUUCAAGGUCCACCCUUCAAUUCAUUUCAACACUUACAGCUUCUUGGCGAAUAUCACGGACAAGACUCAGGACUGGGUCUACCGUGCCAUCUUCACUCAAUUUGUCGAAAGCCAGCAAGCCUGGUCCAGUGUCAACAUGUCUGGCUACAACUUCUUCUCGCCCGACAAGAUCGAAACACACCUUGUUUGGCCCGCAGAUCAGCCCCUCUCUGCAAUGAUCGACCUUUCGUCCAAAUGGGCCGACUUCCUGACUUCCCUCCCCGGCAUGAGCAUCACCAAGCACGCGUACGAGAGGUUCGCGACCUACAGUGACUGGGCCUCGGACUCUGAUUAUCGCGGCAUCAUCAAGCGCAACGCGCCGGGCGGAAUGGCCGUCGUCGAGUCAGGCCGCCUCGUGCCUCGGUCAUUGUUCGCCUCGCCGAAAAACCGCACUGCGCUGGUUGAUGCGUUGGUACACGGCAUGGCAGCAGGCUCUGCCAAGAACGAACACUUCCAGAUUCAAGUCUAUGCAACCACGCCGGCCAACACGCCCGAUGAGAAGCACGAGACAUCAGCGCACAGGGCAUGGCGCGAGGCGUUGUGGACUCUGGACUACGUUUCCGGGUAUGGCGAGGGCACGCCGCAGUCCCAGGUCGACGCACUCUGGAAGGCUAGCCGCAAGGCCAUGUCCUUCCUGAAGAAGCUCACUCCCGGUGGCGGCUGCUACGUCAACGAGGGCGACUACGGCGAGCCCGAGUGGGAAGCCACGUUCUUCGGCGAGAACUUUGGCCGGCUGCUCGAGAUCAAGAACAAGUGGGAUCCCAGGCGGCUGUUCAACUGCUGGAAAUGCGUCGGCUGGACGGGCCCGGACGAUCGCAUGUACUCGUGCUACGGCAACAAGCCGAAGCCCAGCGAGCGGCUGCCGGCCUGCGGUUCGGGGGCGAAGGACGGCUUGAAGCACCAGGAUGGGUUGAAGCACCAGCAUGCCGAGGGAUUGCCGUGGAAUGAACGGCUGGGCGUGGUGUUCUCGGAGGAAAUGUGA